AUGAGACAGCAAAGACGGGUCGAGCUGUUGAAAAAUUACGAUUGUGAGAUCAAGUGUCACCCGGGCAAAAGAAACAUCGUAGCAGAAGCCUUGAGCCGCAAGGAGUGUGCAAAGCCUCUAAGGGUGCGGGCCAUAGAAAUGACUAUACAAACGGAUCUCCCUACUCGGAUUCGUGAGGCUCAGCAAGAAGCACUUAAGCCAGAUAACCUACGAGCUGAAUCAUUACGUGGAAUGGAAGCGAAAUUGUUGCCUAAGGAAUAUGGAACAUUGUACUUUAUGGAACGAGUUUGGGUUCCAUUUUGCAGCGAUAUACGUAUACUUAUUUUGGAUGAAGUUUACAAGUUAAGGUACUCUAUCCAUCCUGGAUCCGACAAGAUGUACCAAGACUUGAAGGACUUUUAUUGGUGGCUGAAGAUGAACGCCGACAUCGCUGCAUAG